AUGAACAAAUCGAAUCAGUUUAUAUCUGGGAGUGUUGAUAAUUUAAUUAUGAUAUGGAAAGGGGAUGAGAAUGAUUCAUGGAUUUACAAAUAGAAAAUCAAUGGACAUACAAACAAAAUUCUUUGUUUAGUAAUAAAUGAUGAUGAUGAUCUUAUUGUAUCUGGUAGCAGUGAUAAGACAAUUAAGUUGUGGUAAGAGUCAAAUGAAUGGUUGUGCUCUUAGACAAUCACUGAUCAUACUUCAAUUGUAUAUGGAUUAAGUUUUAAUGAAUAACAAAGGAUUUGA